AAUUGUUCAGCCUUGGUUGGUUGGCAACGACAUUUCACAUCACAUCACACAACCUUUGUUUUGGGUCCUUUGAUUAUUCCAAAAUUUCGACUAAAUCAAGAUAAAAUAAUCAGUCUUUUAUGAAAUUGAAUGUGAAAUAUCGUGUUGUGUUUCUAUUGGCACUUGUUCGGAGCUGAAUAAUAAAGAUAUCCAGUUGAGCAAGUGUCUGUCCUGGCUGCUGCGACACGGCGCGACGCGAGAGGGGCUCGUUGUCAGCCCUGAAGGAUAUGUAGAUGUGAACGCAAUACUUCAACACAAGUCUAUCAGAGGCAAACACAGCCGAAGUGACAUCCAGAGAGUUGUUGAAACGAACGACAAACAGCGAUUCAAGCUGCGAUCCAACCCACUGACCGGAGCCCUGGAGAUCAAAGCCAACCAGGGACACUCCAUAGCACAGGUUUCUGAUGCUGAACUAAUACCUAUUCUAGAGGUGAACAACUAUAUCCGUGACCAUGGAAGCUUCAGGAGGAGAACCAUCGGACCCAAGAUCCGCCCGCAAAGUCGAAUCACCCUCCUUUGCUCCGACGCCAUUGGGACCGAAGGUCGCUCCCUCCGCCCCUAAGCCUUUCCCUUCAAAAUCUAACUCUCAGUCGCCAAUUAAAGUCGCUCAAACUGCCUCCAACACAAAUACUACAUCAGACCAGUCUGUCAGACCCCAGUCAGUCAGUCCGGCGAGUUCUAUUCGUGCUGUAUCAUCUAACUCGUCAGGUUCCCCUGGUCCGUCGCCUCCUCCAGGACAGUCUUCUGCACCAGUUGGUACUGUGGCGUCAGAGUCUAAACCCGCUGCGCCUGUCCAGGCACCCCAAUCGGUCAGUCCCACGACUCCUAAUGCGACUGUGUCACCAAACUCGCCAAAUUCCCCAGGUUCUUCGACCAAACUAGACAAGCCUUCUCUCCCAGUUGGUGCUGUGACUUCUGAACCUACCCCCGCUACGCCGCCUGUCCGGACACCCAAGGCGGUUAGUCCCACGACUUCUAACCCGACCGCAUCAUCAAGCUCGUCGAGUUCCCAUGCUCCAUCGCCUACUUUGCCACCUGGUGGGUCAGGUUCGGCGUCUUCAGGGUCGAAACCGAGCACACCUAGCAAGACGGCUGCGCCGGUUGUGACCGCGUCUCCUAAACGUAAACCCACGACAUCCGGGAAAGCACUGCAGUCGGUUGGUCCCGCAUCAUCUCCUAUCCGCAACCCUACUCCUGGCCCGGCCAAACAGCCUCCUAGGAAUUCAGGGCCGAAUGGCCGUGGAAAUGAGGGUUCCCCUCGACACAACCAACGCAGGUAUCGCUCCAACGGUGAUCGUGAGUCUGCUAUCGAAGACCCGAAAAGAGUACUGGUUACUGGCUACCCACAGUACGCGCUGGCUCCAGACCUACUGCGAGUGUUCGCCAAGUUCGGGAACGUUAAGGUCGACAGGAUCAACAACAAGGUCGCGAUUCUGUCCUACCCCACCGCGGAGGAGGCCAAGCAGGCCCUACAGGAAUCGAAGAGAGUGAACGUCUACGGCGAGUUCCUGACAGUGCGGCCCUACACCGACCAGCGCUAUACGGACCUCAACUACCGCCCGAUGAUCAACAAGUUUGACUUUCCACGGACCAAGCAGAAAUCUAUGCCGUACGACCCGAAGCAGCUGGACUUUAGUGGGGACUUUGACAGACAGCUGGAGGGACUGCUGGCUGCUGUGCGACUGUCAAAGGACGCCGUCAACAAGCUCUCUACGCUCUACACAGAUGUGGAGCGCGCCUUACAACCCACAUGGCCGGGUUGCGUGGCCAUCCCUUUCGGCUCCAUCACGACCGGCCUCGGCGUGCGCACAAGCGAUGCGGACUGCUUCGUGCACAUUCCCGCGCAGUUCCGCAACCCGCAGAUCAAUUUCGUGCAGCGAGCUAAACGCAUCCUACAAAUGUAUCCCGAUGUGUUCUCCGAGAUAUUGUCCAUCCCUCGGGCGAACACCCCGAUCGUGAAGUUCUUCCACGUGCCGACGGAGACCAACUGCGACUUGACGUUCAAGACGCCGCUGGGCGCGCAGAACAGCAAGCUGGUGGCGUUCUUGCUGCACGCCGACCCACGCCUCAUUCCCAUGGCCGUCGUCAUCAAGUACUGGGCCAAGGUCCACGAGUUCUCCGGCACGGGCAAGCUGACGAACUACGCGCUGACGAUGCUGAUGCUGUUCUACCUGCAGCAGCCGCCGCGCGCGCUGCUCCCGCCGGCGCGCUGGCUGCAGCGGGACCCUCAGCAUGACCGGCUAGUGGACGGCUGGAACACCGGCUUCGACGACUCGCAGGACUCGCUACCGCCGAGCACGAACACGGCAACGAUAGCGGAGUUAAUCGGCGGGUUCUUCGAGUUCUACUCCAUGUUCAACUUCGAGGAGAUGAUCGUGUGCCCGUACCUGGGCACGGCAGUCAAUAAAAAGGCCUUCGAGCCCGCCGGCGUCGCGCCCGACGAGUUCGCGAUAUACAAGGCUAAUGUUCUCGCGGGACGGGCGUUGCCUCUACGGGCAUCGACCUCAUUCUGCGUUCAGGAUCCGUUCGAGCAGAGCCACAAUGUAGCCUCGGCCGUCAGCCCGCGGCUCGCCGCCGAGAUCAAAGCCUACCUGAAGUUCGCCGCCAACGCCUACGAGAAAGACAAAGCCACCGGCUGCAAAAACUUUUUACGGGAGCUGCUCCUCGAGCGACCUAAAUUCGCGCGCGUCAAAUCCAACCCGGAGUACCGAGUGAAUCUAUUCCCGCGCAUCAUCGUCACGAUUAUCGAUCCCGACUGGAAGCCGAUAGUGCGGGAUUGCGUGUUCGUCAUCUUCGAGAAGAUGCUUCGGAUCAAACUCGGCAAGGUUGAGGAGAAGGUGAACCUCGAUACCAAGAAAGUUAAGGAAAAGUACAUGGGGUCGAUCACGAAGCCGGUGUGGAAGCGCAAGCAGCUGUCGCGGCUCUACAGCAUGAUCGACAUGUCUUUUGAAGAAAAGCAGACAGAGAUCACAGACGAGAUUUUAAGAUUAGAGAAACAGCACAUAUUCAGCAUGCAGUUCCAGUUGACGAUCACGUUCAGCGCCGAGCCGGCCAGCGCCGUGCUGGGCGUGCGGCUGGCCGCCGGCGACGCCAACGCCUUCCGCGACUUCGGCAAGUUCUUCAUCUCCAUGAUGCAGGGCUGGUUCCUCUGCGCGCUGCGGCCGUACGCGCGGCCGCCGGACCGCGACACGGCGGCCAAGAUCGCCGACACCGUCGCCAUGUUGGAAGCCGGCGACCUGCCCGAGGACUCCGACGAGGAGUAUUUCCCGCGCGCGCUGCUGCCCACGCGUGCCACGCUCGCCUCGCGGGCUCACCCUGACCCACCCGCGCCGCCCGACGCCGUCUGACACCGGCUUCGCAUCGAGCGGCUCGUAGCCGGCUUGAAGAAUCGAUCCAUCGUUAGAUAUAGUGAAUACAGAUUAUUUUAUUGAUAAGCUAAGACGUUCUGUUUUUUUUAUCAUUAUUGUGGUUUAUAGAAACCUAUUUUAAUUUUGUAUGUUUCAAUUUGUUCCGCCUGGCCUUGACGCUUUUUCUUAGGAUUUUUUGUACUUUAUUAAUUCGUAUCAUCGUUCCAAUUAAUUUACUAUUAAAAUUUAAAUAUUCCGAUAAAUAAAAUACUUCAUCGAAUGUAAAAUGUUAAAAUUGAAGAACAUAAAAAAUUGUGCUGUUUAUUGUUUAAAUGUAGCGUUCAAUUGUAUUCCUGUUUUUACUUUUCUACGACUAUGUUUUUAUUAGAAUUAUUUUAUUACACAUGCAGACAAGAAUCCUUACUACUUUUUAGUGAAAAGGCAGCAGGGCCAGUUUUAUUUUUGUAUAUUCGCGCCACCGCUUUCGUUCAGAAACCAUACUUGUACAUAUCCAUAGUCAAGAAGAAACCUCUCACCUUAGCCUAUGCCUUGAUAAAAAAAAAAGAAAGUCACUGUCAAUCUGACAAUUGCACGAUGUUUUUGUUGUGUACAU